GCGCGAAACAGGACAGUCGCGUGCCGGUUAAGGACCCCACUCUUAAAGCCGAAAUGGCGGCGCCCGUGGCGGACGCCGGCGAGUUUGAAAGUUGGCUAAAUGAGCGCCUGGACUCGCUGGAAGCAGACCGGGAGGUGUACGGUGCUUACAUUCUGGGGGUGCUGCAAGAGGAGGAAAGUGACGAGGAUAAAUGGGACGCGCUUCAAGGGAUUUUAUCCGCAUUUCUGGGUGACGACACCCUGGAUGAGGUCUGCAAACAAAUCAUCGACCAGUGGGCGGACUGCUGCAGCCGCUCAGCAAACAAGAGGGACUCUGGAGAUGUUGAGGUCCAGGCCAUCGCCAGCAUGAUGGAGAAACAAGCCCAGAUUGUAGUGAGACAGAAAGAAGUGACGGAGGAGUCCAAAAAGAGGAAAGAGGCCCUCCUGGCGCAGUACGCCAACGUGACGGACGGAGAGGAUGAAGGGGAGGACGAGGAGUCUCCAAAAGCCAUCGCCGGACAAGAGAAGUCCAUGUUCAAGAACACCAACGCGGUGGAGGUCCUGAACAGGCAAAAGCAGAAGCGGGAUCAGGCCCGCGAAGACUCUCAGAAGAAGAAGGAAAUGGACAAGAUGCAGAGGGAAAAGGACAAGCUGGCCAAACAGGACAGGAAGGAGAAAGAGAAGAAGCGCACACAGAAGGGCGAACGCAAAAGAUAAAGCAAGAGAAAGGACAUUUGCGCGUACGUGGAAAUUGAGAAACACUUUCGAUGACGUGCUUUCUGAGAUAGUUAGACACAAUUGCCUUUUGUAUGAUUAAGACAUUUUUUGACUAAGAUUACAACAAACAAAUGAAAAAUGGUGUUCCACGUCUUUUUCAAGUAAUAAAAUAUUUGGAGCAAUUUCAAUUUGUUUUUAAUGUAGAAAGUACAAACAUGUAGAAUGGAAAAAACAAACAUUGUAACCGCAUGAAAAAAGUAACUGGAGCAACAACAAUUAGCAUCUGAACAACUGAGCUGCCAACUUUUAACGUCAAAAUGACAAACAAAUUAAUCAUUACUAGGAUUUGAUUCAAAGGGUGUCGAAAUGUUCGCGGCCGAGGUAAAACUGCAGGAUUUUGUUCAAUUCAUAUAUUCUUGUUCCAGUUCACUGAUAGUAUUGUAGUAUGACACAGUAAUAACACUUGUUCCCAAUGGGAAAACUGCUGAGUAUGAAUUAAAAAACAAAUAAUUCAGAUAUUUGAUCCAACUUUUUUUUUUUUUACAUUGUUUCAAUAAGUGGUGUAUUUAAUUAUGAUUCAAAUAGUGCCUAAGAA